AUGGAUUUUGAAGCAGCCUACAUCGUUGAUUCAGUGGGGGAAACGCCGACUACAUUCAAGUCGGCGAUGGAAUCAAGCGACUCCGGCAAGUGGAAAGAAGCGUGUGACUCGGAGUUCGAUUCGCUUCAGAGAAACGACACGUGGGAAAUCGUGCCUCUUCCGAAAGGUCGCAAGGCCAUCGGGUGCCGAUGGGUUUUUCGUGUAAAGGAGAAUCAAGAUGGCGAAGUUGAACGUUUCAAGGCAAGACUUGUGGCCAAAGGAUUCUCACAGAAAUUCGGAGUUGACUAUGAAGAAACUUUCGCACCGGUGGCCAAGUUCACAUCGAUUCGUGUGGUGCUCAGUAUGGCGGCUAAGUACGGCCUAAUGCUACAUCAGAUGAACGUCAAGACAGCGUUUCUUAACGGCUCCCUCAACGAAGACAUCUACAUGGACCAGCCGGACGGAUACCUGGAUACAACACAGCCGGACUAUGUGUGCAAGCUAAAGAGAUCACUCUACGGCUUGAAGUGA